UCCCACCGCCUCCAGGGAGCUGCGUCCCGUCCUGUCCAGUCCGGUCCCCGGCGCGGCCCGGCCCGCGCGCUCGCUCCGGCCCUUCCGCCGCCCUCGGCCCGCCAUGGCCAGCCCGCGGCCGUCCGGCCCGACCCCGCUGCCGCCGCUGCUGCUGCUCCUGGUGGUGGCCGCGUGCCCCCUGCCCGGCGUCGACGGGACGUGCCCGGAGCGCGCGCUGGAGCGGCGGGAGGAGGAGGCGAACGUGGUGCUCACGGGCACCGUGGAGGAGAUCCUCAAUGUGGACCCGGUGCAGCUCACGUACUCGUGCAAGGUUCGGGUCUGGCGGUACUUGAAGGGCAAAGAUGUGGUGACUCAGGAGAGCCUGAUGGACGGCGGCAACAAGGUGGUGAUUGGCGGCUUUGGAGACCCCCUCAUCUGUGACAACCAGGUGUCCACGGGGGACACAAGGAUCUUCUUUGUGAACCCUGCACCCCCGUACCUGUGGCCAGCCCACAAGAACGAGCUGAUGCUCAACUCCAGCCUCAUGCGCAUCACCCUGCGGAACCUGGAGGAGGUGGAGCACUGUGUGGAAGACAAACCUGGGACCCACUUCACACCAGUGCACCUGACCCCUCCAGAUGCCUGCCGCGGGAUGCUGUGUGGCUUCGGCGCCGUGUGCGAGCCCAGCGCAGAGGGCCUGGGCCGAGCCUCCUGCGUGUGCAAGAAGCGCGCCUGCCCCGCAGUCGUGGCUCCUGUGUGCGGCUCCGACGCCUCCACCUACAGCAACGAGUGCGAGCUGCAGCGGGCGCAGUGCAGCCAGCAGCGGCGCAUCCGACUGCUCUUCCGGGGGCCCUGCGGGCUCCGUGACCCCUGCUCCAACGUGACCUGCAGCUUCGGCAGCACCUGCGCACGCUCCGCGGACGGACAGACUGCCACGUGCCUGUGCCCUGCCUCCUGCCGGGGAGCCCCGGAGGGGCCCGUGUGCGGCACCGACGGCGCUGACUAUCGGGGAGAAUGCCAGCUGCUGCGCCAGGCCUGUGCCCGCCAGGAGAACAUCUCCAAGAAGUUCGAUGGCCCCUGUGACCCCUGCCAGGGUGCCCUCAGCGACCCGAGCCGCAUCUGCCGAGUGAACCCGCGAACCCGGCGCCCCGAGAUGCUGCUUUCGCCAGAGAGCUGCCCUUCCCGGCCGGCGCCCGUGUGCGGGGACGAUGGCGUCACCUACAACAACGAGUGUGUCAUGGGCCGCACCGGGGCCGCCCGGGGCAUCCUCCUCCAGAAAGUGCGCUCCGGACAGUGCCAUCCUCGAGACCAGUGCCCAGACCCCUGCAGGUUCAGUGCCGUGUGCCUGUCCCGCCGAGGCCGUCCCCGCUGCUCCUGUGACCGGAUCGUCUGUGACGGGGCCUACAGACCCGUGUGCGCGCAAGACGGGCACACGUAUGACAACGACUGCUGGCGCCAGCAGGCCGAAUGCCAGCAGCAGCGUGCCAUCCCCCCCAGGCACCAGGGCCCGUGUGAUCAGCCCCCGUCCCCGUGCAUCGGGGUGCAGUGCCUGUUUGGGGCAGUGUGUGCCGUGAAGAAUGGGGGAGCCGAGUGUGUGUGCCAGCACGCGUGUCCGAGGGUCUACAGCCCCGUGUGCGGCAGCGACGGCGUCACCUACGGCAGCGCCUGCGAGCUGGAGUCCGCGGCCUGCGUCCUCGGGCGAGAGAUCCUGGUGGCUCACAGAGGACCCUGCGACCGCUGUGGGCAGUGCCGCUUUGGAGCCGUGUGCGAGGCUGAGACUGGGCGCUGCGUGUGCCCCUCGGAGUGCGUGGCCCUGGCCCAGCCCGUGUGUGGCUCUGACGGGAACACGUACGCCAGCGAGUGUGAGCUGCAUGUCCACGCCUGCACACGCCAGAUCAGCCUGCGUGUGGCCUCAGACGGACCUUGCCAGACCUGUGGAGACACCGUGUGCGCCUUCGGUGCCGUGUGCAUGGCGGGGCAGUGUGUGUGCCCCCGGUGUGAGCGCCCCCCACCUGGCCCCGUGUGCGGCAGCGACGGCGUCACCUACCCCAGCGCCUGCGAGCUCCGCGAGGCCGCCUGCCGGCAACAGGCUCAGAUCGAGGAGGCCCGGGCGGGGCCGUGCGAGCAGGCCGAGUGUGGCUCCGGAGGCUCGGGCUCCGGCGAGGACGGCGAGUGUGAGCGGGACCUCUGCCUGCAGUACGGCGGCGUCUGGGAUGAGGACUCGGAGGACGGGCCUUGCGUCUGUGGCUUCAGCUGCCGGGGCGCCCUGAGGAGCCCGGUCUGCGGCUCCGAUGGCGGCACCUACAGCACGGAGUGUGAGCUGAAGAAGACCCGGUGCGAGUCCCAGCGAGAGCUGUACGUCGUGGCUCGAGGAGCCUGCCCAGCCCCCACUGUGGCCCCAGUGCCCCCGGCGGUCCCCCUGCACUGCGCCCAGACCCCCUUCGGCUGCUGCCAGGAUAACAUCACUGCUGCGCGGGGCGUGGGCCUGGCCGGCUGUCCCAGCUUGUGCCAGUGUAACCCCCACGGCUCCUACGGUGGCACCUGCGACCCGGGCACAGGCCAGUGCUCCUGCCGCCCGGGUGUGGGGGGCUUCAAGUGUGACCGCUGUGAGCCCGGCUUCUGGAACUUCCGUGGCAUCGUCACCGAUGGCCGGAGUGGCUGCACCCCCUGCAGCUGUGACCCCCGGGGUGCCGUGCGGGACGACUGUGAGCAGAUGACUGGGCUGUGCUCGUGCAAGCCUGGGGUGGCCGGACCCAAGUGUGGGCAGUGUCCCGACGGCCGUGGCCUGGGCCCUGCUGGCUGUGAAACAGACUCCUCGGUGCCCAGGACCUGUGCUGAAAUGCACUGUGAGUUUGGGGCCUCCUGCGUGGAGGAGGCUGGCUCCGCCCACUGUGUGUGCCCAACACCCACCUGUCCGGAGGCCAAUGCUACCAAGGUGUGUGGGUCGGACGGCGUCACCUACGGUAACGAGUGCCAGCUGAGGACCAUCGCCUGCCGCCAGGGCCUGGACAUCUCCAUCCAGAACCUCGGCCCGUGCCAGGAGGCUGUGGCUCCCGGCGCCCUCCCCACACCCGUGCCUGUGGCCACCUCGGUGCGCUACCUGAGUGAGGCCCCCCCGCCCAGCGCCCUCCCCCUGGCUCCCGGCAGUACCCCCCGCAGCCGACCCACCCCUAGACCCUCAGCGCAGCCUCGGACCACGGCCAGCAUCCCCAGGGCCACUAGGAGGCCCGAGCUGACCAUCCCCCCCACGGUAACCCCCUCGGCAGCCAGCCUCGCCGCAGGGGCCUUCAGCGAAUCUGGCAGCGCCGACGGGAGCGGUGACGAGGAGCUGAGCGGGGACCUGGAGGCCAGUGGGGCCGGCUCGGGGGGACCUGAGCCCCCCGAGGGUGGCAGCGAGGUGACCCCUGGGCCACCCAUCGAGAGGGCUUCCUGCUACAACUCCCCUUUGGGCUGCUGCUCGGAUGGCAAGACGCCCUCGCUGGACGCGGAGGGCUCCAACUGUCCCGCCACCAGGGCGUUCCAGGGUGUGCUGGAGCUCGAGGGGGUCGAGGGGCAGGAGCUGUUCUACACGCCCGAGAUGGCCGACCCCAAGUCCGAGCUGUUUGGGGAGACAGCCAGGAGCAUCGAGAGUGCGCUGGACGACCUGUUCCGGAACUCAGAUGUCAAGAAGGACUUCUGGAGCGUCCGCCUGCGGGACCUGGGGCCUGGCGACUCUGUCCGGGCCAUUGUGGACGUGCACUUUGACCCCACCACGAGCCUCAGGGCGCCCGACGUGGGCCGCGCCCUCCUGCGCCAGAUCCAGGCCUCCCGGCGCCGGCCCCUGGGGGUGCGGCGGCCGCUGCAGGAGCACGUGCGCUUCAUGGACUUCGACUGGCUUCCUGCCUUCUUCACGGGAGCGACCACGGGAGCCACCCCGGCCACGGCCACGGCCAGGGCCACCGCCGCCGCCUCUACCGCGGCCCCGCGGGCCCUCCGCCCCAGCCACACCAGCCGGCCCGCGAGCAGGACCACAGGCCCCCCCACCACACGCCGGCCCCCCACCACGGGCCCCAGCCGUGUGCCCGGACGCCGGCCCCUGCCCCCAGGCGCCCAGCAGCCCCGGAGGCCCUGUGACUCCCAGCCCUGCCUGUAUGGGGGGACCUGCCAGGACCAGGACGCGGGGGGCGCCUUCACCUGCAGCUGCCCAGCCGGCAGGGGGGGCGCUGUCUGUGAGAACGCCCUGCACCCCUCAGUGCCGGCCUUCGGGGGCCGCUCCUUCCUGGCCUUCCCCACGCUCCGCGCCUACCACACGCUGCGCCUGGCGCUGGAGUUCCGGGCGCUGGAGCUCCAGGGGCUGCUGCUCUACAACGGCAAUGCCCGCGGCAAGGACUUCCUGGCGCUGGCGCUGCUGGGCGGCCGCGUGCAGCUCAGGUUCGACACCGGCUCCGGGCCCGCGGUGCUGACCAGCACGGUGCCCGUGGAGCCCGGCCGGUGGCACCGCCUGGAGCUGUCCCGGCACUGGCGCCAGGCGACGCUCUCGGUGGACGGCGAGCCCCCCGUCCUGGGCCAGAGCCCCAGUGGCACUGAUGGACUCAACCUGGACACCGACCUCUUCGUGGGGGGCGUCCCUGAGGACCAGGCCGGCGUGGUGCUGGAGCGGACGUCCGUCAGCGUCGGCCUCAGGGGCUGCAUCCGCCUGCUGGACGUGAACAACCAGCGCCUGGAGCUCGGCAGCUGGCGGGGGGCCACCGGGGGCGCCCACGUGGGCGAGUGUGCGGCCCACCCCUGCCUGCCCAGCCCCUGCCUCGGGGGCGCCCCGUGCCAGGCCCUGGAGGGCGGCAGGUUCCACUGUCAGUGCCCCCCCGGCCGAUUUGGCCCCACCUGUGCCGAGGAGAAGGACCCCUGUGACCCCAACCCCUGCCACGGGGCGGCCCCCUGCCGUGUGCUGCCCGGGGGCGAGGCCGCCUGCGAGUGCCCCCUGGGACGAGGGGGUGCUCUCUGCCAAACAGAACGGAGCGGCCCCGGGCCCUUCCUGGCUGACUUCCGCGGGGCCUCCUACCUGGAGAUGAAAGGCCUGCACACCUUCGAGCGGGACCUCGGGGAGAAGAUGGCGCUGGAGGUGGUGUUCUUGGCGCGCGGCCCCAGCGGGCUGCUGCUCUACAACGGGCAGAAGACGGACGGCCGGGGGGACUUCGUGUCGCUGGCCCUGCGUGACGGACACCUGGAGUUCCGCUACGACCUGGGCAAGGGGGCGGCGGCCAUCAGGAGCAAGGAGCCCGUGGCCCUGGGCGCCUGGACCAGGGUCUCCCUGGAGCGGAACGGCCGCAAGGGCGCCAUGCGUGUGGGCGACGGGCCCCGCGUGCUGGGGGAGUCCCCGGUGCCGCACACCGUCCUCAACCUGAAGGAGCCACUGUACCUGGGGGGAGCCCCCGACUUCAGCAAGCUGGCCCGGGCCGCCGCUGUGUCCUCCGGCCUCGAUGGUGCCAUCCAGCUGGUCGCCCUGAAAGGCCAUCAGCUGCUGACCCGGGAGCACGUCGUGCGGGCGGUGGCCGUCUCCUCCUUCGCAGACCACCCCUGCACCCAGGCCUCGGGCCACCCCUGCCUCAACGGGGCCUCCUGCCUCCCCCGGGAGGCCUCCUACACCUGCCUGUGCCCCGGGGGCUUCUCGGGGCUCCACUGCGAGAAGGGGCUGAUAGAGAAGUCGGCAGGGGACCUGGACGCGCUGGCCUUUGAUGGACGGACCUACAUCGAGUACCUCAACGCUGUGACCGAGAGCGAACUGACCAAUGAGAUCCCAGCCCCCGAAGCUCCAGACCCCGGGGCCCUUCAUAGCGAGAAGGCGCUGCAGAGCGACCACUUCGAGCUGAGCCUGCGCACCGAGGCCACGCAGGGGCUGCUGCUGUGGAGCGGCAAGGCCACGGAGCGGGCCGACUACCUCGCGCUGGCCAUCGUGGACGGCCGCCUGCAGCUGACCUACGACCUGGGCUCCCAGCCCGUGGUGCUGCGCUCCACCGUGCCCGUCAACACCAACCGCUGGCUGCGGGUCAGGGCGCACAGGGAACAGAGGGAAGGCUCCCUGCAGGUGGGCAACGAGGCCCCCGUGACCGGCUCCUCCCCGCUGGGCGCCACGCAGCUGGACACAGACGGAGCCCUGUGGCUGGGAGGCCUGGAGAGACCGCCCGUGGGCGCAGCCCUGCCCAAGGCCUACGGCACCGGCUUCGUGGGCUGCCUGCGGGACGUGGUGGUGGGACGGCGGCCGCUGCACCUGCUAGAAGACGCCGUCAGCAGGCCCGAGCUCCGGCCCUGUCCCGCCCCGUGAGCCCCUGGAGCGCGCCCCGCACCCUGCUGUAAUUAUUUUAUAUUUUUGUAAACUUGUUGCUUUUUUUAUAUGAUUUUCUUGCCUGCGUUUUGGCCGGAGGGACUCUCGGCCUGGCCUCCCCCCUGUCCAGGCAGGCGAGCCGCAGAGGCAAACUCGGGCCGCGGGACUCGGGGCCACAGGGCGGGCGUGGCCACAGGGCGGGCGCGGCUCGGACAGCAGCCUCAGGACACCCUCCACCCGGCCACCGUGUCCCAGCCCCUCCCGCUGGGCUUCCCUGCCGGCCAGCCGACCCCCCAGCACAUCGAGCUCCACCCGGCCAGUCUGGGUCCCCAGAGCCGGGAGCUGCUGCCGGAUGCAGGGGCCUUCCCAGGCCUCCCCUGAGCUGGACCUCGUCCCGCUGGGAGGGGCCAGCCUCACCAGGACUGGCCUCGAGCCUGGCGGCCCCUCCUGGGCUAAUACUGUGACUUAGAGAUGACGUUCUGCUGGGGCCACCCGCACCCCUGCUCUCGCUGUGUCUGCCAGGCCCAGGUGCUGGAGGCAGAGGCCAGGCCCAGGACUGUCGGGGGCCCUCACCUCCCUGGCCCGCCCACCAGGGACGCGGCUGUGUCCCAUCCGACACCUCAGCCCCGUGAGGAACCCUGAGCGGCAGUGGGCCAGUGUGGUGUGUUGGUGUCCGUUGCCUGCUCGCCUGGGCAGCCAGCGUCCAGGCCUGACCACCAACCAGAGUUCUCAGUGCAUUGAGUUUACUUGACGUCUGGGGAGGGGGCUCAUCGUGCCCGAGGGCAGCUGAGGACACCCCACGGCAAACCCUCUCACGUCCUGUGGGAGUGGGGUGUCCUCGUUCGGGAAGGACGGGGGCCGGCCGGGUGUCUGACCGAGGCCCAGGAGCGGGUGCUGGGACGGCAGAGACGGCUGCGAAGCCAGAAACGCCUUAAAUUGCACCAUCGCGUCAUCCCAACCAGCCUGCCCCCUCCUGUACCUGGUACUGGGGUGUGGCACCCCAGCUCCCACAGCUGGGCUGGGAUGUCAGGCCCACAGGCUGAAGGGAGCCCCGUAUGUCACACUACUAACACCUCCAGUCUGUCUGUCACCAUGAAAUAAAGUCUGAACAUGUUAAA